UUUACCGCGGAGCCUUGGGGCUUGGAGUGGCUUUUCCACAUUUCUCAAAUUUUUGGAUUGUAAUUUGCAAUUGUCUGCAAAUAUAAACUGUAUGAUAAUGGGACGUUCAAGAUCCCGUAGCAAAUCUCCGCGGCGUCAUCAUAAAAGCAGCAAACAUUCGCGGAAAAAAAGUCGUUCCAAAGAUCGUUCAGUAUCGAGAAGUAGGACCACAAAACAUGCCGAAAAGUCGCGAGACAGAAGUUCAAAAACACGAAAACGGUCUCACUCAUUGUCUUCAGCAUCAAGCUCAGAUGGUUCAUACGAUGGAAGAAGCCGAAAAAAGUCAAAAGGACGAAGCAAAAUGGAUGAAGUUGAUCGUUUGGCUGAAAUGGAAAGACAAAGACGUGUUAGAGAAGCCGAGCAAAAGGUUGUUGAAGAAGAAGCUGCAAAGAGAAUAGAACUACUUGUUAAAAAGAGAGUUGAAGAGGAAUUAGAAAAAAGAAAAGAUGAAAUUGAGAGGGAAGUGGCUAAGAGAGUUGAAGAAGCUAAGCGAAAAAUGGAACAAGAAAUGAUGCAAGAAUUAGAGAAACAAAGGGAGCAACAAAAACGGGAGGAAAUGGCAAGACAGGCUGAAGAGGAACGUAAGAGAAAAGAAUUGGAAGAAAUCAUGGCCGAAAAUAAUAGAAAAAUUGAGGAGGCACAACAGAAGUUGGCCGAAGAAAGACUUGCAAUGAUUGAAGAACAAAGAAAAAUGGAUGAGGAAAGGCAAAAAUUAAAAAAGGAGCAGGAAAAGAGAGUAAAAGAGGAACAAAAGAAAAUUUUAGGAAAAAACAACUCUAGGCCCAAAUUAUCAUUUUCACUGAAGCCUAUUUGAUUGGAUUAUUAUUUUCUAGCUUUCUCUAUUCCGUACAAGUAUAUUAUUAGUACAUAUAAGUAGUUAAGGUGAAAAUAAUUGUGUAAAUAUUGCAUAUUUGGACAAAUAGAAAUAGAAUAGCAACAAUAAUAUGUAUGUUCAUACAGUAAGAGGAUUAAUUAUAAGAUCAUCUACCGAGUUCAUUCAUAUCUUUUAAAUAAAUUAGCUGCAUUUGCAAAAGAAGCCACAUGCAUUAAACAAGAUAUUAAUAAUAUUUUGAAAGACACGCAUACUAACUGUUUAUGUACUUUCUUAAUUAUUAUUAUAUGCUGAAAAUAUUUUUUCAAUUAAUUAUGCUAAUUGCGCUGUAUGAUUUUAGAAUGAUAAUAGACUUGUGCAAGUAAUUUAUAAUAUUUCAACAUAUAUAUUCUAGUUUCGCGUUUAAGUACUAAAUAUUAUUGAUUUUACCAUUUUGCAUUUACAUAACCAUUACGUUCAGUAUAGAAAAAUAUAAUAUAUUGAAGUCCGUCCGAUAACUGGUGUCAUAUUGUAGUGUCUGUUCAUAUCAAUUGAUUUUAUACUAGCACCACACUUUAUAUCACAAUCAUAUUUAUUGUUUAUAAGUUCAUUGUGUCUCUCACUUUUGUUUUUGCAGCAAUAUCUUGCAAAAUUAACAUGAAAUAUAUUUAAACAUGUAAAGUCAAUUAAUUUAAAUGUAAAUUUCAUCACAAUUGAAUGAAUUUAUAACGGAAAGUAAACCUAGAGUUUAAUAUGUAUUUAAAAACAUUAUUAAAAUGUUAGAUACACAUUGAAGCCUAGUCUUGCUACUUGUGUGGAUAAAUACACAUAUUGUACACCUGGCAGAACUAUUGAGUGAUCACUUUGGGUGAGAUCUAUAGUGUACUUAAGACUAUAUUCAGACUUUACUAACCUAAAUCGUAGCCGAGUGUGAUAAAACGCGAACUUGCAAUUUUCAUUGCGCUAUCUUAGCUUAAAUUCACCAUAAUUCAGCUGUCAAAUGACUGUAAAAACAAAAUUAAAGGUUAUGCUAAGUUUUACGUAUGUAAAGUCGGAGCAAAAUCUAAGUACAUUCUAUAGAUCUCAGCCUUAAACAGAGCAUUAAUUCAUAUUGUUCUACUUAAUGGUAGAAACAAAGUUUGGGACUGAAAGUUUUAAUUAACUCAUAUAAUUUUAAUUUGUUUGCAUUUCAACUGGGAUGUAAUGUGAUUCUUGUAGUGUCUGUCUGCGGACUUUGUAUCACUAGGAUGGCCACAGGUUCCAUUCUCAAUUUGCAGUGAUAUGAGUAAUAUUAGGGCUUCAAAAUUAUAGUGUUGUUAGUUACCUAACGUUAUUUUUUUUCGAGAGCCUACAAAACAGUUCGGAAUUACAUUUCCAUUAAUAUUUUAAAGGAAACCAGUAGCUUUUAACAUGCAAUGCUUGCUACUUCGUUCAAUCAAAGACACCUGGUAUAAUUUUUAAAUAAUCUGGUGACUGUAAUUAGGCAUUAAUUAAUAGCAAUCUAAUUUGUACAUGCUUAAAUUAAAAGUAUACUUCAUGUUACAGUUAUUAUACAGUGUGUCGCGUUAGAAGUAUUGGAGACAUUAGUAGGAUGAUUUAUGGUAAAUUUUAUUAACACAACCUUUUUUGUGAUCUAGAAAUACAAAAAAGAUCUCAUUUAAUUGCUAAACAUGAAUUUGUGGCAACAGUGUUGAAAUUUUUGUUUCUUAAAUGCGGUUCGAAAAUACGGUUGUUUAGUUUUAUUAUGAUUUAUAAGAUCUAGACUAUAUUUCCUUUUUUUAUUUCUUAAAGACUUCUGUAAUGAUUAUGGCUGAAAAUCGAAGAAUUUUGUCUUGCUGUUUUACAAGUACCUACGAUGCUUUUUGACGAUUUUCGGUUACCAAAUGUUUUGUUAACGGACUUUUAGUUAGUUUAUUGUUUGUGUUUACGACUUCUACAUGGGUAGUUAUAGCUUUAGUAAAAGCUUCCGUGCGUCGCUGUAAAAAAAAACCAAA